AGCUUCAGAGACUUCUACUCCAUCAGAAAAUAUCAGUCAGAAAACGUCAGAAAUUUCUAGACAUACAACUUGGGAAUAUUCCAGCACAGGUCCUUCUUCCACUAUGGAAACCUUUGGUCAAGCCGAGAAGCUCCCUUUCUUGAAUGAUACCAUUAUCAUACAGGAAUUUCCCAAAGUUUCUCAAACAAAAAGUAUCACCUUAGAGAGUCCAGCUGAACUUGAACUAAUGUGUAGUUUGGUCAUCAGCAACACCACAAACGUGGAAAAAAUGGAGACUGUUUGGAACUCAGGAAAUGCAACUGUCAAUUCGGAGACCAUCAGGAGGAAUGAAACUCACUCCAAAUGGUGCACUCGAUACACGAUAAAAGUCAGAAACCAAGACCAGAUGAGGAAUUACACAUGCAUUUAUAAAACUAAACCAGAAAUAAAUGCUACAUUUGUUUUACAAGUGCCUCAAGUCCAUGUAAAGUCUGAGCGUAUAAUCAGUUAUGUGGGUGACACCGUGGUCUUGACUUGUGAUAUUGGAAAUGGGAAAACCCACAUUAACCCACAUUUUUGGACCUGGUAUUCAAAUAAUGGAAGUGGAGAGGUUGUUAUUAAUUCUACCCUGAUGCCAAAGAAGUACAGCUUUAUCCAGACACUUAAGAACAUUACCAAACUGAAGAUCUUUGAUCUUUCUGAAUUAGAUAGCAGUUCUUACUGGUGCAAAGCUGGAUUUCUACUAGGUGAAAGCAAAGGAAAAGUAUCUCUCAAAGUCCUGACCUAUCUGACACCUCUCAAACCAUUUCUUGUGAUAGCUGCUGAAGUUAUCGUUUUAGUAGCACUUAUUUUUCUCUAUGAAGUGUUCUCCAAAAAGAAAGAAGUGAAUACUGAAGUUGAAAAAGAAUUUGAACAAGAAGAAACAUUGAAAUCAGAAGACAGCAAUGGUGUGGAGACUAGUAGUACCCGACACAGAAAAGUCUAAACGG